UUGGACUGUUUUAUAACGCAAUUUUUGUCAAAUAAUAUGGAAAAUUUAAAAGAGCAAGUGAUGAUAAACCAAUUUAUGUUAGCAACUGGAUGUGUCGCCGUUGAAGCAAAACAGUUAUUACAGGCAACAAAAUGGCAAUUUGAGGCGGCGCUAAGUAUGUUCUUCCAAGAGGCAGUAGUUCCUUCAAUGUGCCGGACGUGUAAUGGAAAUCAUGCUAGUGGGAAUUACCCAUUGUGUACACCAGCCAAUACACCAGCAACACCACCAAACUUUCCGGACGCUUUAAAUGCUCUUGCUAGACUUUCAACAACAGAAAAAUACAGUAAUUCUCCGUAUGCUUCGUCUCCACAACAAAUGUCUCGAUCUCCAAAGAACAUGGAAGUGGAAGCUCAGCGCUAAAUGAUAUUACAAAUUAGAAUUAUAUGGAUCUUUUUAAAAUGGGGGAGACUUAAUUGAAAUAAUACUGCCAUGGCCUGGAGGUUUCAUGAUAAAUUCCUUGAAAUCUGAGAGUUUAUAUCUUCUUUUGGAAACAGGCUGAUAGUGCUAGGAGCCAGUGUUUUUGCCUACAAUUUAUUUGCUUGAACACAUUUCUUAUUAUUUGUUGGUUAACAUUGUUUGACCUAAAAACAGGUGUGAAUGUUGAAGAAUUGCUCUUUGUGCCACUUGUGUUCCCCAUUCCCCCCCCCCCCUUUAUUAUGCGCAUCUUGUGUCGAGUCAUCGUGUGUCAGCACCUUUAUUAUAGUUUUAUAUAGAGAUUUUUGGGGGAUAUAAAUAUAACAGAACAACACCCAUCAGGAGAAUUUUCAUCGUUUUCAAAUUUUCACACAGUUUUCAAGACACAUUUAGUCAAGUGUGAGAGUUUAAAUGUGUAUGAAAUUCUACUCAGGAACCAUUUUAUGACCUUUUUUUGCCCAUGUGUACAGUUAUCUGCCCCUUAAAUAAAUAUAUCAGGUUUUACUGAUGUACAGUGGAUGGAUGAUUCGUUUCAUUCAUCAUUCCGGUCAAGGAUAUGCUUCAGGAACAACCAUAGCUGCUUCAUAUUUGAUUUUUAAUUGGAUGAAGAUGAGGCAAGAUACGCCUAGCCCAAUCCCCAGACAGAAUUAAUUCAACAAUUGUGAUAAAAUUCAAUAAAUUAGCAGUCAGUGGAAUGUUAAAGACGGUUGUGGAGAGGUAUAUAUACAUGUACGGAAGUCACACACCAGUAAUAAUAAGACUUGAACGGUAUUAUUCUGUGUUUUGUGGUUUUGUAUGUAUAAGGGUAAAUGAUGUAAAAAUGGUGAUGUUAAGACCUCAUGUUGAGAUCUGACCGUAGUCCAGACAGAAGCACACAUAGAACUCUACUAAUUAAUUUAGAUUUAUAUAUACAAUUCAUAUAUAUAUUAGAUAUUUGUUUUUUAUGUUGUUAUUACAGACUCUUUGAAGGAGUGAUAUGUUUUUUCUGUGUGCAAGAUAACCUAUAUACAUGUAUGGAGAAUUUGUUGAGUGCUGAUGUAGUGUCUAUCUAGUAUAAUGUUUUAUAUAUGGCUAUCAUUUAUUGACUAAAUAUUAUUGUUUUUACUUUCAUUUAAGUUCCAUCAAUUAACAUGACAUACAUGUAAUGUCUAAUCACCAAAUCCCAGAUAUAUAUACAUGUACAUUGUAUAUUGUCAUUCUUCAUUAAAAUUGCUAUUUGAAACAUUU